AGCCGCCCUCGGCGGGGCGUAAACAAACCUCGCCUGGCUCCUCGCUCCCUCUGCGGAGCGCACGCCCAUCCUCGCCGCUCGCCUUGGCCCCCGCUGGGCGCCGCGUCGCCAGCUAGGCACCAGCCCCGUUUGCCUCUCUCCUUCUGCCUUAGGUUCACAGAAUACUCCUCCAACACGACCCGUGUCCUCCUAGCCUGUCCCUUCGGACAACCACCUCUCUGCCAAAAAAAUCACUCGAGCUGCCAAACUUCACUGUGAAUCGACAGGAAGGUCCCAGGCCGUGGCAGCUGACAGCAGGGACAUGUCUCGGGAACUGCAGGAUGUGGACCUCGCCGAGGUGAAGCCUUUGGUGGAGAAAGGGGAGACCAUCACCGGACUCCUUCAAGAGUUUGAUGUUCAGGAGCAGGACAUCGAGACCCUACAUGGCUCCAUUCACGUCACGCUGUGUGGGACCCCGAAGGGGAACCGGCCCAUCAUCCUCACGUACCACGACAUCGGCAUGAACCACAAAACCUGCUACAACCCCCUCUUCAACUCGGAGGACAUGCAGGAGAUCACCCAGCACUUUGCCGUCUGCCACGUGGAUGCCCCCGGCCAGCAGGACGGUGCCGCGUCCUUCCCCAGCGGGUACAUGUACCCAUCCAUGGAUCAGCUGGCUGAAAUGCUUCCCGGCGUCCUUCACCAGUUCGGGCUGAAAAGCAUUAUUGGCAUGGGAACCGGAGCCGGUGCCUACAUCCUCACUCGAUUUGCUCUGAACAACCCCGAGAUGGUGGAAGGCCUGGUCCUCAUCAACGUGAACCCCUGUGCAGAAGGCUGGAUGGACUGGGCUGCUUCCAAGAUCUCUGGAUGGACCCAAGCCCUUCCAGAUAUGGUGCUGUCCCACCUCUUUGGGAAGGAGGAAAUGCAGAGUCACGUGGAGGUGGUCCACACCUACCGCCAGCACAUCCUGAAUGACCUGAACCCCGGCAACCUGCACCUGUUCAUCAACGCCUACAACAGCCGGCGGGACCUGGAGAUUGAACGGCCCAUGCCUGGAGCCCACACUGUCACCCUGCAGUGCCCAUCUCUGUUGGUGGUUGGGGACGAUUCUCCUGCCGUGGACGCCGUGGUAGAGUGCAACUCUAAAUUGGACCCAACUAAAACCACUCUCCUCAAGAUGGCGGAUUGUGGCGGCCUCCCGCAGAUCUCCCAGCCGGCCAAGCUAGCAGAGGCCUUCAAGUACUUCGUGCAGGGCAUGGGCUACAUGCCCUCCGCCAGCAUGACCCGCCUCAUGCGCUCCCGCACAGCGUCCGGCUCCAGCGUCACCUCCCUGGAAGGCGCCCGGAGCCGCUCCCACACCAGCGAGGGCACCCGCAGCCGCUCCCACACCAGCGAGGCCGCCCGCCUCGACAUCACCCCCAGCUCCGGGGCCACCGGGAACAGCGCGGGGCCCAAAUCCAUGGAAGUCUCCUGCUAGGCGGCCCGUGCGGCCCCCGCCCCGGACUCUGUGACCUCCCCCGCGGCCCCCUCCCCUCCAGCCCCUCGCCCCCUGCCUGCCGCACUGCACAUAACCCGGUAUUAAUCCAAAGCUUAUUUUCAAAGAGUGAGCUCUGGUGAGGACAAAGUCAGAUGGGGAUGGGUGAGUGUGAGUCUGGCCAGAGCAGGGGCGGGGGCGGACCAAAGGAAAAGAAGCAUCUCCAAGGCGAUGCGUGUGUCACCGCAGGGCCUGGUGGCCGCUCUCCACCCGCCCGCGCAGAUGCCCGACAGCCAAACCAAGGAAUGUCGCAGGAAGCACUUCACACACCCAUGCGCAGCCUGGCCCGGGCAUCCUGGUGCAGACGGGCAUUUUGUCCAAGGCCCAGCCCACCUCCUUCCUGUUUCCUCCCCAACGAAAGAAAAACCAACCCGGUUUCUGGAAGGAAACCCUUUUCUGAUUUGGGGAGGGGGAGAGCAGUGACUUGUGGGUGGUUCUUUUAACAGUCAAAACAGGAAGAGGGAGGAAAAAGAGGUGAAAUUUAUGUCGCGGCUCGAGGCAUUUGGAAAAACAAACCUCUUGUAGUUAACUUGAAGUAAUAGAUUUUUAAAGAUGUGCAUACAUAAACUUUUUAAUGCUGAAGCAUGCAGGCCUGUUUUUCUGGCAUCCUUUUAAUAUACGACUAAAGUGGACCACAAAAUCUCUUGGCUUUGCAAAGACAAGGUCUUGGCAAACGUUUGGGGUGUUGAUUUUAAGGCUUUAGCUCUGCCAUCUGCCGCCUCCUCUACAGCCCCUCCCCCCACCCCAAAUGCAUGAGUGAGUGAUUAUUUUCAUCUAUGGGAAAGAUCACUUAGAUUUGUGGAUGCAUUCUUUGAAAUGGUGGGGAAAACAUUCUGAGCAGAUGUACCUGGCUGUGAUAAAUCUACGUGCAGGGGACGGGUAGAGAUAUUGGGGUGGGGGUGGCAUUUGGGUUACUAGAUACAAAGCAUUCCUUUUGGUUGUGAUGGAAUCCAGUGCAGUUGUAAUUUUAGUGGAUCCAGCCUGGUACCCAGGAAUCUAGUGUGAUUGAGUUAAAUCCAGCUUCCAAUGUUUGCCAGCUGGGGUAUAAUCUGAAUUUGAUGGUUGUACAUUUCUGAUCUGGUGAUGUCACUGUAUCUUCAGGUUGAACAUUUUGCUUUUGUGAGUGGUGGAAAUUCACAUGGGGCUUGGUGGCUGAGAAGAUGUAAGGAUUUUGGAAUGUAUAUUCCAUAGGACUUUCCUUCCCUCUCCCCCACCUUCCCCUAGUCCCCACCCCUAAGCUUCCUUUUGCUGAAUGGGUGGUACCACUGAUGGGUCUGGGCAUCCUGACUGUAGCCGUCAAGUUCCUGUACUACAGCCUUUUUUGACUUUCAUUUUGGCCAGCCAUGGAUUUUCUCAGAGGAAGUCUGAUCCAAGAGAAUAGACCCCUGUGAAUCAGCUACUGGGACCUGAGGAUUUCCAGGACCCUAGAGUUGGUAGAAGGAAUUGGGCAAGCCUCCUAGGUAGCUGGAGUGCCGUGACUCAGUUUACCUGCCACCUACCACCUUGGGGCUUCCCCCAACCUUGUACAGAAAGGUCAGGGUUAAGGGUAGGAGUGGCUGAAUUGAGACGGGAACUGUUGUGUCUGUCCAGAGGAGUUUCUUAAUGAGAUAUUUGUAAUUAUUUCCAGAUCAAUAAAUUUGUAACUUUGCA